AUGUGUGUACUAAAGAAGACUGGCCUCCAAAAUUUAUAUAAAGCAUUAACGAACAGUUUCAUGGAUGAAGAUGAGGAGCCCAUAAUUGUCUGUUUCAUCUGUCAUGCUAGACUCAUUCGAUGCAGAACAUUGCAACAACAAGCUAUUGAGUCAAAUGCAGUUCUAGAGCAGUUGCUUGCUGGAGGGUCCAUGUCAAUACCAAAACCACAUGAGUUUAGAGAUGAGAUUCAAUUCACAUCAAUCAAUCAUAUAGAUAUCUGGCCAGUAGAGUGUGAUAUAGAAAAUGAUUGUAAUGAUGACAUUUUUAGCCUUGAAUCUGUUAAAGUUGAGGAAGAGAAAAUCGAAAACAAGAAUUUUAAAACUGAAGUAAACUGGAGUCAUGAAAUAGAUACUGGUGAAAAACAAGAAGACUUGGAGAUUGAUGCUUUUGAAGAUCGACAUGAGGAUUCGGAGAAUAACUUGCCACUAAUUUCGUUAGGUCCAAAGAGUAAAACAGAUGACGUUAUAAUAGAACAACCCUGCAUACAAACAAAUAUUUUUUCAAAACCGUACAUUAAUAAAAAAAUCUGUCCAACGAAAAAGCUACAUAGAUUUGACCAAAUGAAACACGGGAUUCUUCCAAAUUCACUCCACUAUAUUGGAACGGUUGACCUUGUGCCUUAUUGA